GCGUACAGUUGGGGCGGCUUAGUGCAUUUUUGUUUGGGAACGCCAUUUAAUCCCCAGUUUAAUCCUAAGAUAAGAAGGUUUCCUCAUCUCUUCUUGUAAGCGGAUUCAGAGCUGCUUAAUACUGGUAAUUGUAGUGCUAAUUUCAUUGAGCCCUCCAAUAGCUGCAGAAAAUGCCGGUGAGAGUGCCCGAGUCUUCUAUGCCGUCCCAAGUAUCGGAUGAUAAUGCAGGAAAUACUACACUUCCACCUUGUACCCUACUGAGUGUUGGCCAGGCUUUCUCUGGGACGCAGAAUGUCUCAAGCCUACAGAAGGAUGAAGCUUGGAGAGUAAAUGUUCGAAUUCUGGGUUGUGACCUUGAUCAUGGGUAUUUAUGUGGCACAAUGGAGGCCCUUAAUGUUCCUAUGGCAGACACACCAGUGAUUACUUUCUGGGAAGGCGAGAUUGUUGAUACCAAGAACUAUACUUUUUUCACUAACAAGUGGGGUGCGACUUCAGAUGAUGACAUAAAGCACUGGACCAAAUUCCCAUCUUUCUCUCCCCUUCAGAGCCAAGUGGAAACUGAUGGCGGGAAAUCUUUGGAUUUGAGUAACUAUCCAUACAUAUUUAUGAGAUGGAAAGAGCAGUACUUUGUGAAUGUUGGAACGGACUGUGGACUUACAAUUGCUGGUUUUUACUAUGUUUGUUUCUCCUGCAGUGAUGGGUCUGUUAGUGGCUUCUACUAUGAUCCUAACAGCAGUCCUUUCCAGAAGUUGGAAUUGAAGUCCAUUAACGAGGGCAGAUCAGGAUUCAGUUUUUCCUCGUACGAGUUGCAAUAACUUCAACACCUGUUUUUUCUGAAAGAUAUGAAGGUUUUUGCUUCAUUAUUUUGCUGGAGAUAUAUGGUUGCCAUGGUGCUUUUCUGAGCAGUCCCUCAAAUUCUAGGGUGGAGAUAUCGGGACUCAUGCUUCUUGUAAGUUGUAUAGUUAGGUCAGUUGAGGAGAUGUAUUUAUCUGUUUGACUGUGGAUCCCUAAGGUCUACUGGUUCACAAAAUAAUCACUAGUUAGUAGAGUAAAUUUGUUAACACGCUCUUGUCAUUGGUCUGUCUGUGAUUAAUUUCUGAGUAGGCUUGCAACCAUGCAGGGU